AAAGCGCCACUAAUGCCUCUCAUAUCAAUGAAGAAGAAAUAAACUCUCAUCAGUAAGCGACAAACAUGGCUGCUUGUGGGCUACUCCGUUCUCUCUCUUCUAACUUUUCCACAGUUUUGCCUUUACUCGCUCGCUCAGCGCCGCUUUCUUCAUUGCAGCUGGCAUCUAAGCCUUAUUUUGGAAGAACGCUAGCCUCUUCUAGCCGGUUAUCUGCAGCGCUUAAAUUUACAGACAAACACGAAUGGAUUCGUGUGGAAGACGGAAUUGGGACGGUUGGCAUCAGCAACUUUGCACAGGAGGCACUGGGAGAUGUAGUUUACUGUGGACUGCCAGAGGUGGGGACACAGCUGGCUCAACAAGAUGAGUUUGGAGCUCUGGAAAGUGUAAAGGCAGCCAGCGAGCUUUAUUCCCCUUUAACUGGAGAAGUUGUAGAGGUCAAUACACUACUGGCUGAUAACCCUGGUCUGGUCAAUAAAUCUUGCUACAAAGAUGGUUGGCUCAUGAAGAUGACCGUUUCCAAACCUGCUGAGCUUGACAGUCUAAUGGAUGAAGCAGCAUAUGAGAGAUACAUCCGCUCUAUUGAGGACUAACAUAACGUCUCUCAGUAUGUGCUUUGCACCUUCCCCUUUUCUCACAACACUGGCAGAGAGAGGUGCACAAGAUGUGCCUGUCCGCAAUACAUAGCAUUCGCCAGGGGAGCUCUGUAGCGCCAGACUACUGAUCUGUCAGUGCUGUAGAGCUGUGAACUUUAGAAAUUCUUUACUGACUUACUUUAGGGGACCUUUCAGUCUGCAUUGACUUAAUAUCCAGUGUUGAAUUCUUGCAGCAUCAAACCGCCAAAGGGUGGAAGAGACUGAGACUAGAAUAAAAUAGUUACCAGUCAUUUCAGUCAGGGACUUGAAAUUCUGUCCUUGGAUACUGUUUGACUUAAAAAGCACUUUUGUCUUUAUGAUAUUAAUUAUUUUGAUCUUCAGUGCAUGUAUGACGGUUAUCAUGGACAGAGGACCUGUGU